ACAUUUCUGCUUUGUAGGUGGGCAGACAACUUCAGUGCCAAAGGAUGUAAUGAUGAAGCAACUCAUCAGUUCCAGCAUCCCUUCCUUCAGGCGGUGGGCAUGUUCUUAGGAGAGCUCUCUUGUCUGGCUGUCUUCUACAUCCUGGUCUUCAAAGACAAGCGGUCUUCCCAGCCCACCUUGCCACCUUCUCAGCCCUUCAGUCCUUUCAUCUUCCUUGGACCAGCCAUCUGUGACAUGGCUGGAACCAGCAUCAUGUAUGUGGCCUUAAACAUGACCAGUGCGUCCAGUUUCCAGAUGCUGCGAGGAGCUGUCAUCAUCUUCACAGGUCUUCUGUCCGUGGCGUUCCUGGGGAGGAAGUUGGAGUGCAGUCAAUGGGUGGGGAUCCUGGUCACCAUUGCUGGACUGGUCAUUGUAGGCUUGACGGACUUACUAAGCGGUCACAGCAGUGGAAAGAGCCUCAAUGAUGUCAUUACAGGUGAUUUGCUUAUUGUCAUGGCUCAGAUUGUUGCUUCUAUCCAGAUGGUGCUAGAGGAAAAAUUUGUCUACAAACAUAACGUGCAUCCCCUCCGAGCUGUGGGAACUGAGGGUCUCUUUGGGUUUAUCAUUCUGACCAUCCUGUUGAUCCCCUUCUACUACAUUCCUGCCGGUGGCUUCAGUAGCAGUGAACGCGGAGUUCUAGAAGACUCAAUAGAUGCCUUCUGCCAGAUGGGUCGACAGCCUCUAAUCAUCCUGGCCUUGUUGGGUAAUAUCAUCAGCAUCGCCUUCUUCAACUUUGCUGGCAUCAGUGUGACCAAGGAGAUCAGUGCCACCACCCGCAUGGUGAUAGACAGCCUGAGGACUGUGGUCAUCUGGGUCGUCAGCUUAGCUGUGGGUUGGGAGCAGUUCCAUCCACUGCAGAUUCUAGGCUUUAUUGUCCUCUUGCUGGGAACUUGCCUUUACAAUGGACUCCACAAGCCACUUAUGUGUGCGCGAUGCAAGGAGCAAAGCGAGGAGACACAAGGCCUUCUGAACGGAGAACGGACAGUGAUCAACGGCGACUGUUAA